UUUCUUCCUUUUUGUGAUCAACUGUAAACAGCUGUCUAGUCCAGGGUUCACUCCUCAUGUACAAUGAAUUAUUGAUCCGCAACCACGAGGCAGAAACUCACAUUCAAACUACAAUCACGAUGUGAAAAGUUUGAGUGAGUUUCACACAAACUACAGAUUUGUAAUUUCCAUUGUUGGAGUGUUGGCAUUCUUGAGCUCCUCCACCUUGAGGCACAAAGACAACACGUUUUCCAGACACACUGUUUGGGAAACCUGUGUGACCUGUGUUUGUGUGUGUUGUUUUGUUCUAGUCAUGGAUGGUGUGUUGGAGGGAGCAGUGGUGUUGUGUGUUUUUAAACUGGCCUGCAGUCUUCUCUUCGUGCCCUCGCUGACCGCCUCCUACAGCCCUGUCAGUUUCUGCUGCUGCUGCCUCCUGCUCUUCACCGACUUCCUGGCUGCAGUGUCUCUGAGUUUCCUUUGUGUCUUCGGGUCCUGGGUGACGGCCCCAGCCCCACCGGGUGAUGUCAUCGCCCUGCGUUUCCUGCUGUUCCUCAGCCACACGUAUGGAGCCGUGCUGCUCCUGACCACACCUCUGAUCGCUGUGGAGACCCUCGGCCGACUGCUGUGGCCUCACUCCGUAGAUCACAGGGCCAAGAGCCAAACAGUGGACACUGAUGGAGAGCAUUGUUAUACUGGAGAGGUGGCCGAGGAGGAGGAGGAGGAUUUGGAGGACAGGAGCCAUCCGGACAAAGAUGACGGGUUGUCUUGUGUCGCCGGAUACUUCUGCUGCCUGUCAGUGUGGGUAGUCGUCGCCCUGAAUGUCAGGUGGCGAUGGAAGCUGCAGGACGAGUGGGCCACUGCCUGUUUGCACACAACCAACUCCCUCAUCAGAUGUUUACCCAACCUGUUCAGUCCCAUACCCAGUGCUGUGAGUCCCUGCUGGGCCAUGGCCUUCCUCUCCCUUCUCCUGCUGCUCCUGACUACAAGCCUGCACAUGCGACGCCCGGCCUCUGCACAGAUCCAGGCACAUCUAACGAAACGCAGGCUCCACAAUAACAGUGACAGCGGCCGGCAAGGCCUGGUUCCAGUCGGCUCUGCGCCCACCAAGCCUGUGAACCGAGGGAUGUCGGUGUCAGAGUCGGCCCAGUGUGUUGACCCAGAGAAAACAGAGAGCAGCUGCACUGUUCACAGAGCAUAUUCCUGGAACAUUGAGCAGAUGUUAGCGCAUCACCAUGGAGACUUUGUCCUCAUCUCCCCCGGGUGUUUGUCUGCAGAGUGGGGAGGACAUGAGCUGGAAAGGAAAAAGAGAGGUGUUCCUCUGACAUUUAUCACGGAGGGACAUGUGGCCUCACAGCUCAGGAGCCAGCUUGGGUGGCGGCGGUGGGGUUUUCCCUGCCUGUGGGUGAAUGUAAUGAUAGGGUUGGUGGGUGUGCUCUCCAUCUUUGUGCUGCCUCUGAACCUCAGCGUGAACAUAUUUCUGAUCAGGACUAUAGAGACACUGCUGGAGCUGAGUGUUACAACUUUUGUUUCAUCUGCAGCAAAUCCAAGCGACACAUCAGCCUCUCAGAAUGAAACGUUUGUUUAAACAGCAGAUCGGUGCGAGGGAAACAUGGAUGCCGAUAAGAGGCUGUUUGCAACCGACUCACCAGAUUAAUAUUGCAUGUGUGCCGAGCAGACGGCGGGUCUUCCUGUCACUGGUAAUAACACUGGUUUGGAUAUUGUGUAAAUAAGCAUUUCUGAGCAGUUAUUCGCAUGUGAGGAAUAAUAUGUUGAAAGUGCUGAAAUGUGCUGAGGAGGCAGGUUGAGGCGUGUCUGUCAGAGAGACACUAAACCCCGACCGAAACAGAUGGCUGGAAGGUCUUCUUUUACUAUUCAGAGCCUGGAGAUCCGCGGUGAUUUGUCAUCUCCCAGUGUUUUACAGAGUGAGUCUUUCCAGUGGAAUAAAACUAAUCCAGGGGCAAACAGUGUUUCUGAAAGUACUGAUCUGAGGUGUGCUGAUGCUGCAUCGCAUAAUCCCUGCAAGACGCAACCUAUAAAUAAAUACUGAGGGAUCUGAGGAGGAACCACAUGUUGUUUUCCUUCUAUGUAGUUGUGUCUCUGUUGGUUUAAAGGGACUCUGCUGCUCCUCAGAGGUGGAAACUAACUAAAUACUUUUAUUAAAGUACAAUUUUGAGCCACUGAAAUCGAGUUGUUUCAUUUUAUACAACUUUAUAUUUCUGCUCAACUGCUUCCAGAAGGAAACGUUUUAAUCUUUACAGGAUUGAUGUGACAGCCAUAGAUACUAUAGUUGCUUUUCAGAUUGAGAUUGUACAUAAAAAACAGGAAAUGUGUAUAAAAUGGUGUCUUGUGACUCCCCUGUCUUCCCUUUUUGGCCUGUGAUUAAUAAGUAGCUUUGUUACACACUGUAUCUAUCAGUCUGUCGCUUAAAUGGUUUCAUUCAAAUAACAGUUAGAGGCCUAACUAUGGCAAUUUGUCAUAUUUCAUGAAAGAUAAGAGAAAAGCUUAUCUUCAAACU